AUGGCUCGCGACACUACCAACGUUGCUCGUUCAUCUACUACUGAAGCCUCAUCUGGAUCCUCUGCAUCCAUGGACGAUUCAUCUAGUCCUUGUUUUUUGCAGAGUGGUGAUCAUCUGGGUUUGGUUCUUGUUACCCACACCCUUUCUGGAUCUAAUUUUCAUUCAUGGAUUCGAGCCAUGACUCUUGCUUUGACUGCCAAGAAUAAGUUGGCAUUUGUGGAUGGCUCUUUAUUUCGACCCCCAUCUACUGAUCUCCUUUUUCAGCUUGGAAUCGAUUCCGAUUUGAAGACUCGAUAUUCGCAGGCAAAUGGCCCUAGAAUUUUUCAAUUGAAUCAGCAAAUUUCUUCUCUAUGUCAAGGAUCUCUUGAUAUCACCAGUUACUACACUAAGCUGAAGUCUCUUUACGAUGAGCUCCAUGAUUAUCUUCCUCUUCCGCGGUGCACUUGCGAUACUCUUCACGAGAUGACUUUCAGAAAUGACCAAGAUCAUGUUCUACAGUUCUUAAUUGGACUAUAUGACUCAUUCUAUGUUGCUCGUGCUCAGAUUUUACUUCUUGAUCCAUUACCUUCUCUUGCAAAGGUUUUCUCCAUGAUCCUUCAAGAGGAACGUCGCGUCAACUUUCAGUGUCACUAUCGAUUCCUGCUAUUCCAGAUACUCUGUUGA